GUAGCCGCAGGCCCCGCUAGCCCCGCCGCACCGAACUCGGUAGUCUCGGAAGCUCGCAAGAUUGGGGAGAAGAUGGCGGAGGAGGAGUUCUCCAACACAACCCAUGAGAACCUCAAUUUCACCCUUCACACUACCCUGGGUGUCACCACGAAGCUGGUGCUCCCGACGCCUGCCAAGCCCAUCCUUCCGGUGCAGACAGGCGAGCAGGCCCAGCAGGAGGAGCAGUCAAGUGGCAUGACCAUCUUCUUCAGCCUUCUCGUCCUAGUGUCUGUGCUUCUCAUAGCCAUCUGCAUCAUCCUGGUGCACCUGCUGAUCCGGUACCGACUGCACUUCCUGCCUGAGAGCGUGGCUGUUGUUUCUCUAGGUAUUCUCAUGGGAGCAGUUAUAAAAAUUAUAGAGUUUAAAAAGCUGGCAAAUUGGAAGGAGGAAGAAAUGUUUCGUCCCAAUAUGUUUUUCCUUCUCUUGCUCCCGCCUAUCAUCUUCGAGUCGGGAUACUCACUACACAAGGGGAACUUCUUUCAGAACAUCGGCUCCAUCACCCUCUUCGCUGUCUUUGGAACGGCCAUCUCUGCUUUUGUAGUAGGCGGAGGAAUUUACUUUCUGGGUCAGGCUGAUGUAAUCUCUAAGCUCAACAUGACAGACAGAAUCUGCCCUUGUUUCUGUCCUUGCAGUUUUGCAUUUGGCUCCCUGAUAUCUGCUGUCGACCCAGUAGCUACUAUUGCAAUUUUCAAUGCACUGCACGUGGACCCUGUGCUCAACAUGCUGGUGUUUGGAGAAAGCAUUCUCAACGAUGCAGUCUCCAUUGUUCUAACCAACACGGCUGAAGGUCUAACAAGAAAACAUAUGUCGGAUGUCAGUGGGUGGCAAACAUUCUCGCAGGCUCUUGACUACUUUCUCAAAAUGUUCUUUGGCUCUGCAGCUCUUGGCACACUGACUGGCUUGAUUUCAGCAUUGGUGCUGAAGCACAUUGACCUGAGGAAAACGCCUUCCCUGGAGUUUGGCAUGAUGAUCAUUUUUGCUUACCUGCCGUACGGGCUGGCAGAGGGGAUCUCACUCUCAGGCAUCAUGGCCAUUCUGUUUUCGGGCAUUGUGAUGUCACACUACACACACCAUAACCUCUCCCCAGUCACCCAGAUCCUCAUGCAGCAGACCCUCCGGACCGUGGCCUUCCUGUGUGAAACAUGUGUGUUUGCAUUUCUUGGCCUGUCCAUUUUUAGUUUCCCUCACAAGUUUGAAAUCUCCUUUGUCAUCUGGUGCAUAGUGCUGGUACUGUUCGGCAGAGCUGUCAACAUCUUCCCUCUGUCCUACCUGCUGAACUUCUUCCGUGAUCACAAAAUCACCCCCAAGAUGAUGUUCAUCAUGUGGUUCAGCGGCCUUCGAGGGGCCAUCCCCUAUGCACUGAGCCUGCACCUGGGCCUGGAGCCCAUGGAGAAGCGUCAGCUCAUCGGUACCACCACCAUUGUCAUUGUACUCUUCACCAUCUUGCUGCUGGGCGGCAGCACCAUGCCUCUCAUCCGCCUUGUAGACAUCGAAGAUGCUCGGGCACGCCGAAGGAGUAAGAAGGAUGUCAACCUCAGCAAGACCGAGAAGAUGGGCAAUGCCAUCGAGUCAGAGCACCUGUCAGAGCUCACCGAAGAGGAGUACGAAGCCCACUACAUCAGACAGCAGGACCUCAAAGGCUUCAUGUGGCUGGAUGCCAAGUACCUGAACCCCUUCUUCACACGGCGGCUGACACAGGAGGACCUCCACCACGGACGCAUCCAGAUGAAAAGCCUCACCAACAAGUGGUAUGAGGAGGUCCGCCAGGGACCAUCGGGCUCUGAGGACGAUGAGCAGGAGUUGUUCUGAGCCCACAGUGCCCCAGGCCUGGAAGAACAUACCUCAUGCAGCCUCCUCAAAACACAAGAUGGUAGGUCAAGGGCAAGUUUUAGCUAGGAAGCUUCAGGCCUUUGGAGCAUGCUGACUUCAGAAAUGUGAUCGGCCUCCAUGACUCAUGGAACCAGACCUGCUCCAAGUGUUGUUUCUGGGCUUGCAGAGGAUGGUGGCAGCCAGCCUCCUUUCUGCUUCUGUGCCAGGCCAUAGAGAAGCUUUGGGAGGCUGCUUGCUCGGCUCACACCGUGCCUGCACCAUGCCUUCCUCACACUUCUGGAGCAGCUGCUGGCAGGCACGUCUGCCAUUUGUCUAUGAGUUGUCAAGGUGCCUUGGUGGCGGCGGCAGCAGCCUCAACCUAGUGCCAAGGCUGAGAGAAUUUGAAAGCCUCACAGCCCCUGACCUGUGUCCUGUGCUCCCUAAGAGAAAGGCCAAAGGACCUUUUUUCUUGACAAGGAACCGGCACCUCCUGCCUGCCUUUGUGCAGGCAGCUCUGGCCUUGCUGGAGCACAAUGCCUCCCGUUUUAGACUGGACCUGAAUUGAGCUUCCCAGAGCCUGCUGAGAGGACUGUUGCACCAGCUCUGAGCGCCAGUAGGCACCUCUGCUCCCUGCUGGGGAAUGUGGGCUUAGCAUGCUGAGUGCCCAGCCCUCCAUGGCCCAUGGCCAGGGAACAAAGCACUGGAGGGGAUUUUUCAGAUGUUUUACUUGAGAAGCAAAUUGCUGCCGCCACCUUCUCAGACCUGCUAGGCCUGUUGUAUGCGGUGGUGAAUGUGUAAAUGGUAGAUGACCCAGUUAUGCUGUGAAUUUCAGGUCUAGGCCAGGGACAGGCCAGCUGGUCACACAGAAGGCAGUUCAGAGUAGUAAGGAACAUGGGUGCCCUGGGUAUCUGGCACUUUAGCCAGUGGGCAGGCCCUACCCUGUAUGUCCUGGAAGCCUAUCCCUGCAGUGUAGAGAGCCAGUUCUCGGAAUCAGUGACCUGCUUUCUACAGUGCUGUGGUCAUAGGCACAUCCAAACAGCCACAUCCAAUGUGUUGACAGGCUGAGGGGCUUGGUGUGUGGAUUCCUUUCUAUGCCAUAGAAUGCCAAGAGACUGAUCAGGGAGCCACCCAUCCUAAGGCCUACCAGGCCACAUGCCCAUGGUAGGUUCUGGGCCAGGCGGCUGCCCAAACCCCUUCUCGCUUAGCUGUGGAGGUGGGUAUGGUGGAGGUCAGCUGCUCCCCUCUCAAAUGUGAGGAGGAUCCAGCUGUCUAACACCCAAUAGGCUUCUAAGAUGGUGCGUGGAAACGGAAGCCUUCCUCAUUCCCUCAGAAAUAGCAACUUGUGUUCCCUGCUGGCUGGUGCCCAGGAAACCAGGUCCAAGCAGUAGCAUCAAGUCACUGAGUUCCCAGAGGCCCCAGAGCCAGGCUGUUAACUGAAACUGCAUGGGAAAACGAGGCAGUGAGAGCUGGGAGAAAGGGCCUUCUAGUGACCCUGCUUCUCACCCUGCCUUUCCAUUUGUCCACCCAGUUUCAGAGUGAGGAGGUGCCUGCCUGCCUCACCCAGGCACCGACAUACGCAAUGGUGGGGGCUGGGGGGGACAGGCCACCCUUGGUGGCUGUGGCCCCUGCUCUAGAGCCAUGGUAGCACAGACUGGUGAGUGGUGGAGUCACCCUGCUUCUACAGGGGGAGGCUGAAAGUUCUCCUCACAAGCCUGGGUUCCUUCCUUCUGACAGUGGAGGGUUUUGGAAGUGCUGGUUUCUGUUGUGAUUUAGGGAGGCUGGCUGGGAGCCACGUGUUCAAGGUCCCUGGGGCCUUUGCUGCUCCCUGGAGGGGCCUGAGCAGGAGGGAAAUGUGUUACCCUUCUGGAGCAUCUCUUGUCUGCCUGCCCCCCCCCCACUACUGAAUGGGGGUCAUAUCACUGGUUAGUUAAAAUAAAGUACUGCAGAAUCAGA